CUGCAGACAUGGCGGACUGAGCGGCGUCCUCGAGGCAGACGGUCCCGUCUGAAGCCGAAACCAGAGGACUGCGGGCUCACAGCAUGGUGGAUGCCAGCACACCUUACAGGAUGAACCCUCUAGCUGCCCUCAGCAUCGACCGGAACGCUCUGGUUGGGGAAACCAACCGGCCCUACGGAGGUAUUUUCUAUCCCGGCAUCCAUCCUCUCUCUGGUGAAAAGCCCCAGGAGGCCGGCACUUCUCUCCCACUUGGCUAUGAUCUCCUGUACAAACCAGACGUAACCCUGUUGGAUGGGCAGAAAUCUGCAAGCGGUUAUGUUGGACUUUAUAAGAGCCCACCACCAGGGUUUCAGAAACCCCUAAUUGUCCCUGCCGCAGGAGCUGAUGGCCUGGGGAUGGAUCGCCGAGUUCUACCCGGUGACAAGCAGUCAGAACUGGGUCUAAAUGGUGCUGGCACCUUCUUGAGAUUGCCCUGGUUCAGCCCUUAUGCUGAUGCAACAAUGUACCCCUUCCUGGACAUGGCUUACAAGGCCUCCUUCCUGUCCCAGCCGUCGCCCUUCCUCCACCAGCAGCUGGCGUAUCAGUCUCUGUGUGCCGCUGGGGCAGGAAGCAGCGCCCCCGGGGAAGACAGACUUUUCUACCUGCCUCAUUACUCCCCGGGCCAUAUCUCGUCCCCUCUGGGCCCUCCAAUACGGAUCCACACAGCCACUCCAACUCCUGCUGUCCUAUCACCCCUGCCCCACUGCCAGGACAAGGCCUUACAGGGUCUUAGUCCUCAGAUACAUCAGGAACACUCUGCCUUCAGCACCAGUCCACAGAUCCACCGGGAUACUGUUCACCACACUGAGCGACAACAUGGCAGCAGUGGCACAAAGUCCAGUCACCUCACUUCCACCAACAACUCUCUCAGUAGCAAAACUGGUGGAAGUAGUGGUGCCCCUGUUAACAGUUCAGCUAGCACUGCUGCCUUAGAGUCACCCCCAGUAACCCAUCCUCCAUGCACAGUUGCUCCACCCCAACCCCUAACAAACACCACUACAGACCUCCAGAAGUCGCUUUACAGAAGCACCUCCUCAUCAUCAACCUCUCUUUCAGUGUCUCGCCCGUUUUACAAGAGCAGCCGGAGCUCUGAGCACUGCUCUCCUGUGCACUCGGGCAACAACAAAACCAAAGAUGCCAGCUCUGACGGCUGUAGUGCAGAGAAGUCACCUGCAAAGACGUCACUGGACAGAGCCGUUUCUCAUAAGCCUGCCAAAAACUCGGCAGAAAAACCGUUGGAUCUGUCUGCCAAAGAGUUGGAAGGAUUCCCAAAUGGAUUCCCGUCCAAAUUAGAGGCACUGGCCAAGCUGGGGUAUCUACCACCAUCUCGCUACGGGCUGCUAGGCAGUCAGGAACAGCACUCCAAGGAGGGCCAACCCCCACCUGUUAGCACGUCGGCAGAGACUCCAAAUCGUCGUGAAAUAAUCAGCACUGUGCCCUCUCCUUGGCUUGUUCCGGGUCCUUCCCCAGCUGUCAACACUGACCACAGAGGCUCCCAAAUUAUGAAAAACAAGAGUGCAGAUCAUCAUGCACAACCUCAAAGCUCACCUGGCUCCACAGCAGUUGAGGUAGCCAGUAUUCCAAGCCCUGGUGUAGGGGGAAGACCCUCUGCAUCUUCUCCUUCCCCAAAGUCCAAAGUUGAAUUGCCAGGAGCUCCCCCUACUGAUUUGGAGAAAGUCAAUCCAAACAGUAAAGGAGAAACUCAUACAUGUCCUGGAAAACAACAGAGCAUUACUCCUACUAAGUCGGAGGCUCAAGAGAGCCAGUCUCAUCCACAACAGCAGCCUCAUGUAGAAAAUGGAAACUCCUCCCGUCAAAUCUACGGUGACUCUUACCUCCCUCCUGGCUUAGGUUACACUAACCGCUACAUCCCAUACUCAGUUGCUGAGAAUAUGUCCUUGCAACGUAUGACGAUACCAGGCAAAGGGCCUGUCUAUCCACAUCCAGUCUUGCUUGGCAGCAGCAGCUUUUACCCGCCUCGCAUGGCACCAAAGCAUGGCCUUCCAUAUGGAAUACAUCCAAACCAGGGCGACUUCAUGACAUACCAGAAUUCCCGGGGGAUAGCCCCUUCACCUGCUUCCUCCCAUCCAGGUCUUGACCGUAUUGAGACCCAGGAUAAAACCUGGAAUGCUGAACCAUACAGGAAGCAGGAAAGGCCGGAUGCUGACAGUUACCACAAGAGUGACACUGAAAGAGACAAGUCCCCAAACCAAACCAUAAAGACUUCAGGCAAAAGCCUCACUUCUGCCAAAGAUGAUGUUGUUGUUAUUGACCUGGUACGUGAUGAGUCAGAAGAUGAUUUGUCCACCAAGAAGCAGAGCUCCCCAAGUACCAAAAGAGAAGAUUCCUCUAAGCAUGGCAGCAGUGGCUGUAACCACAUCCAAGACAAAGAGCCACACCCUCCAAAAGACGUCCCUCCCAGCCAGGAUACCGAGCAGAAACCAGGCUUACAACCUCACACCUCCCAACCACAACCUCCUCAUCAUAACUCCUCUUCACCUCCUUCUCCUCGUGAGGAGAUCCCAGAUGAGAUCUCAGAAAAGGAAGACCCACUCAGUCCAUUCCCGGACAUCCCGGAGGAGCAGACGAUGCGCUGUGCCCGAACCUCUAUACAGCAGUUCUCUAGGAAAUGUAAAAGUGGAGCCUCUGGCAGUGCUGGGGACUUGAUGAGGGGUGUCACUACUGGUGUUGAUGGGAAGAGUGAAGCCUCAGCCAAUAAAAGCGUUAACCCCGAGCAAAGCCCUUCCGGAAAUGGCAACUCAUUGGGUCCUUUUAGUAAAGAAAACUGUUCUAGUGACUGUAAGAGUGCUAACAUCAUGGGAGCAGUGGGUACGGUCACCAGCAGCUGUCAUUUAGACAAUAAGGGAUCGGCAGGUAGAGAAUUCAGUCCCAAGGUCCCAGCAUGCAGGAGUUUUAACCCCAGGGUUCCAGCUGGAGGAGUUAUUAACACCCAUGUUAACAUCAACCCAAGAAGUCCCACAUGUAACAGUGGAGAUCCAAAUUUGGUCAGCAGACAUUUUGUGGGCCCAUGUUGCAGAAAUCUGCCUCUGAGGGCUCCAAUUUGUGAACCCAGAAUUUUCAGCGCUCCAACUCAUGGAAAUAGCAACCCUGUGAGUCCAAACUGCAGGAGCAUCAAUCCCAGAUUUACAAAUUGUGAAAACCGCAAUGCCGUGCGCCCAGUUUGUGGAAACAUCGAUCUCAGGGCUCCUGCAUGUGGGAAGAACUGUUUUAGUUGUCCAAAUUGUGGGAAUUCUCUCUCGAAAGGCUAUUCUUUUGGAAAUAACCAGAGCUGUGUAAAUAGCACUCCCAGGGUCCCCACAUAUAGAAGCAAUUUUCCUUUGGGUCCAACCUGUCGGCACCUUUCACCUGGCAACCCUACCAAUGGAGGCUUUAACGUGAUGCCUGCAGAUCUGACUCCAGAACCAAACAAAGACCUAAAUUCUGAAAGCCUUUCUUCCAAAGAACCAGAGCCAAACUCCGGCCUCACCACUGCUAGCUGUGAAGACGGUGAGAAAGACAUCCAGGAAAGCAUGGACCCCCUGGCAGACGAUGAAGAAGGUGCUGGCAAGAACCGGCGCUCCGGCCUCACCAAACGCAUCGCCAACUCCUCCGGCUACGUGGGCGACCGGUUUAAAUGUGUAACCACAGAGCUUUACGCUGACUCCAGCAAGCUGAGCAGAGAGCAGAAAGCACUCCAGCGUGCGAUGCUGCGAUUCUCCGAGCUGGAGCUGAAGCAGAAAGAGGGAGGAGGAGAGGAAGAAGACGAUGAAGAAGAAGAAGAAGUGAUGACAGCAGCGGUGGCGGCAGCGGCGGAGGCAGCAGGGGAGACGGAGCUGGCAGACGGCCAGCGGGGAGACAGAGAGAAGGAGGAGGAGGAAGGGAGCAAGAAAGAGGGAAGAGGAGGGUGGGAGUGCUGCCAGCAGAGCGAGGGGAGGCGAGGAGGAGGAGGAGGAGGAGGAGGAGGAGGAGAAGAAAGGACUGCCUCUGCAGCCGCCACCGAGGCUCAGAGAGCCCUGUCUCUCUCUCUGUCUCACUCUCUCCACACACACACACAGUUCUCGCCGUCGGACCCGUCUCGUUCUCCCGCCCGUCGAACUUCCUCUCUGCAGCAGCACGCCGCCCGGCCCGUCCCUCCUGAAGUCCGUCGGCUCAUCGUGAACAAAAACGCCGGAGAGACACUGCUGCAGCGCGCUGCCCGCCUGGGCUACGAGGAGGUGGUGCUAUACUGUCUGGAGCGGCAGAUCUGUGACGUGAACCAUCGAGACAAUGCCGGGUACUGCGCCCUGCACGAGGCCUGCGCCCGCGGCUGGCUGGGGAUCGUACACCACCUGGUGGAGCACGGAGCUGACGUCAACUGCAGCGCUCAAGAUGGAACCAGACCGCUACACGACGCCGUGGAGAACGACCACAUGGAGGUGGUGCGUUUCCUGCUGGCCUGCGGCGCCGACCCCACCCUCACCUCUUACUCUGGGCGAGGACCAAUCAACAUGACCCACAGUGCUGCCAUGGAAACCUUCCUGGAGGGAUGCAAGUGGCUUCAUGAGUUCUGUGGUGAGAAAGGCUCGUCUCAACCCGCUGCCUCCUGUCGGGCCCUUAUUCGCUGCCAGCGAGGCGACAGUCUGCCAACACCCAGAGCUCUGCCACUCUCACUCUGCCUGGUUGUCUCUGACGACAAAGGCAUCGACUACUCCGCCUUACAGCCUCAAGGACCAGAACUGCACAGGUCACAUAGACAGCGAACCCACAUGGUGACUUUCAGCUUCAAACGCAAGCAACUCCUGGCGGGCCGGAGAUCUACGAAAAACAACAGCCCAAGUCCUCUAGCAAGAACACCUGUCAUGAUCGGCCCGAACCCCCGCCUCCGGCAAUCCAUUCACGCCGCCAACGACCCCAGGUAG